CAGGAAUAUACAGUUGGCGGCGUGUAUGUUUGCACGGAUACAAACUGGCAGGGCAUCUGCAACCACUUCACGUUCGCAGCUGGCAGCUGCCAGAACCUUCCGUCACCCUGGAGGCUGAAUGCUUCAUCUUUCGGCCCGGACAAUUGUAUGCAAUGCCAGGCAUACAGCGGUACAAACUGCCAAAACCCCGGCGGCUCAUCGUCAACGGCCCCUGUCUGGCAGUUUGCCUACCCGGGGGACUCGACCGGUGGGCUUGACUCGGGAAAUUAUUGGGGUAACCUUAUCGCAAGCUUCAGUUGUCAAGAUGCA